AUGUUUACUAAAAUAUUGAUAAUUGGGGCCGGUGCUGCGGGUAUAGCAGCGGCCACGAGAUUGCACAAAAAUGGGAUUACUGAUUUCGUGAUUCUGGAAGCGAGUAACCGCAUAGGCGGACGCAUUCGAACAGUUCUGUUCGGGCAAAAUACGAUCGAUCUGGGUGCUCAGUGGUGCCACGGAGUGAAGAAUAAUGUAGUGUUCGAGAUGGCCAGUCCCCUGGGCCUGUUGGAAGAAUCUAAUUUCUCUCGGCGUAAUGUGUUGCUAUUUUCGGAUGGCACUCAAGCUCCGACCGAUGUCACAGACAAGUUGAUGUUACUCGCUGAAGAAGUAUUGGAUUGUAAAGAAAUUCGAACAACUAAGCAAACUUUGGGAGACUACUUUGUGGCUACAUUCAUGCAGAAAAUUGCUGAUUCUCAGGAACUGAAUAUGGUGGAUGGGAAAUUAGUUGAAUAUUUUAUUUCAUUCUAUCACAACUAUUUGAAGGGAUACUUGGCCAUAGAUUCUUGGUAUAAUCUGCUAGCAACUAGUGCUGCCGAUUAUGAAGAAUGUGAAGGACCAAUCCGAAUGAGUUGGAAGGGAAAUGGUUUCAAAACUAUUCUAGACUUACUCAUGAACCAGUACUCCGAUAUAAGCAUGGCAAGCAAAGUACUAUUCAAUAACAAAGUCUCCCACAUUGUAUACAAUAAUGAAGUAAUUUCAGUUGUGUGUGCGGGCGGUACUGUUUAUCAAACACAUCAUGUGAUCGUAACCGUUUCGUUGGGAGUGCUGAAGGAAUGCUACGAAUCGUUUUUUUCGCCGGAACUACCCCUAUCAAAAAUUAACGCAAUCAACGGAUUACACUUUGGUGUUGUCAAUAAAGUUUUCAUGGAAUUCGAGCAACCAUUUUGGAAGACCCGUGGGAAUGUUUUUCGUUUACUCUGGCAGCAACAUGAUCUGGAAAAUCUAAGAAUCUCACAAUAUAGCUGGGCUGAAGGUGUUUCAACGUUUUUCUGUGUCGAUAACUGUCCCAAUAUACUGGCAGCAUGGUUGGUUGGUCCAGAAGGUCGACAAACAGAAUCAUUGUCGGAUGCAGAGGUUGUCGACGGAUUACUAACAGUAUUAAAUAGAUUUUUCAUCGAUAUCAGCAUUCCUAAACCAAUCAAUUUCAUACGAUCAAGUUGGUUCAGUGAGCCUAACUUCCGAGGAUCGUAUUCGAGUAGGUCUCUGAAAACGGAGCAAUAUGCAACUGGAGCAAAACAGUUGUCUGAACCAGUUACCGAUUCGAAUGAUAAACCUAUUUUGCUCUUCGCUGGUGAAGCAACCAGUGCUAACCAUUGGUCAACUGUUCAUGGAGCAAUCGAGACUGGUUGGCGCGAGGCACAACGAUUGGUUCAAUAUUAUAAAUCGGUUUAA